GGAGAUGUUGGAGAGGAACCGGACCUUAGUUACAGAAUUUCUUCUUCUUGGAUUUGGAAAUCUUCAUGAACUCAGAAUCUUACUUUUCAUCCUAUUUUUGUUCAUUCAUAUUACUGCUGUAACGGGGAACUUUCUUGUCAUCGUCUUGGUUUUCGUGAACCAAAGCCUCCACUUUCCCAUGUAUUUCUUUCUCAGUCAACUUUCCUUGUGUGAAAUCCUCUUCACUGCCAACAUUGUGCCCAACAUGUUAUGGCUGAUCCUACUUGGUAGUGGGAAAGUGUCAGUUAGCAGAUGUAUAUGUCAGUUGUAUUUCCUGGGUGUCCCUACUGUUAAUCAAUGUUUGUUGCUGGCUGCAAUGUCUUUCGAUCGAUAUUCAGCCAUUUGUAAACCAUUGCAUUAUACCAUCAUCAUGACCUUUGGACAUCAAGUUCAGAUAGUCCUCUCCUGUUGGUUGGUGGGCUUCACUUUCUCAUUAGUAAUAUAUAUUCUUUUAGAUAAGUUGGAUUUCUGUGGUCCGAAUAUUAUCAACCACUUCUACUGUGAUAUUGCUCCAGUCAUAGAGCUUUCAUGUUCGGACACUUCCCUUGUUAUGUUGGUCACCUCUCUACUGUCUUUCCCUGUCCUUAUUUUUCCAUUUAUAUUUAUCUCGGCCACCUACAUCUCCAUUCUUCAGGCCAUCUUAAAGAUCCCGUCUGCCACUGGGAGACAGAAGACCUUCUCUACCUGCAGCUCCCACCUGACCAUUGCCUGUCUUUAUUAUGGAACUUUGUCUUUCCUUUAUAUUUUUCCACCAAGUGACAAUUCCCUUAAUGUCAACAAAGGUCUGUCUUUGCUUUACACCCUGCUGACACCGUUAUUUAACCCUCUGAUCUACAGCUUGAGAAAUCAUGAUAUUAGGAGAGCCAUUAAGAAACAUAUUAAAAAAUGGAGCUAAUAUCCAAUGAUGGUGAAUUUUUUUUGGCUUUAU